UUCCUCUCUCGAGCAAAAGGCAUGAAAGAAGACAAUGGUGGCCUGUGAAAAAUGAAGACGACGACUGUUUUGUGCAUCUUCCAUGGCUACCCAUUGUGCUUACAAUGCCUUUUCUUUUUCACCGUCAAGGGAACUCUUCAGCACCAAUUCUGUCUCAAAGUCAUCCAUUAGAAGUAGACCUUUUCUUUUAUCCUCCAUAACCAACGCUUCCGCAUCUUAUAACACCCUUGUUUCUGAGGCUGUUAGGCUCUUGGGUCCUCCAGCAAGAUUUGAAGCCUCAAAACUGAAGGUUGUUCCAUUGGAAGAUCACAUAAAUAAAUGUGCAAGUAUUAUUCCAAGAACCUAUAUUCUAUCUCACUGUGACUUUACAGCUAAUCUGACCUUAACUGUAUCCAAUGUUAUCAACCUUGACCAGUUGAGAGGGUGGUACAAGAAGGAUGAUGUUGUAGCUGAAUGGAAGAAAGUGAAAAACGAAAUGUGCCUUCAUGUUCAUUGCUUUGUCUGUGGUCCAAAUCCCUUCCUAGAUAUAGCUGCUGAGUUCAGAUACCACAUAUUCUCCAAGGAAAUGCCUUUGGUACUGAAAGCAAUACGACAUGGAGAUUCUGUACUUUUCAGUGAGCAUCCUGAAUUGCUGGAUUCUAUAGUCCGAGUAUAUUUUCAUUCUAGUUCUAAAAAAUACAACAAGAUGGAAUGUUGGGGAGCACUGAAGGAUGCUAUGGAGGGAAAACAAGAGGAUCACAUGCAAGGUUUGAUGAGGGAACAUCCCGGGCGAAGCCCAAAGUCGAUAUUUCAAGCUCUUUUUGCUUUCCUUCUCUGAGUUUGAAGAUUAUUCAUAAUGUGGAUAUCAUUUUUUUUCCCCACAAUUCAUCGCACAGCUCAAUUCAACUUUGCAAGAAUGAAUCAAAUCUUUGGGACGAUUCAAAAAGGGAAAUGCAAAGUUGCACAAAGAUCACGUCUAUCAUUGAGUCAUUCAUUUCCUGGACACACAACUCUUGUCUUCAUUUGGAAAUAUCAACUCAAUGUUCUUGUACAAUAUAGACCAUUUUAUCAUCAUAUCAUUACUGUAACUAUUCCUGUCUUCUUUGUCAAGAGGCAUGACUUCGCCCAACUCACGCAUCGCCUGCCUGGGAAGCAAAACUGCUAUUUUUGGCAGUCUAUAUAAAUUUACAAUUACAAUAGUUGAUCACUACUGACGGAUCUUAAGCCCUCA